AUGUCCAUUACUGCACGCGAAGAGUGGUACGACUAUGAGUACCACCGCGGGUUAUACACCGAGGCUCUUGAACGCUUCGAACUUCGGCCCCAUGAUCCCCUCAUUGCCUACGAGAUGGUGUGGGCCUAUUCGAUGGCCGAAACACGCACCGUCCCUGUGGGGGCCAUUCCGCUCGCUGCUUUUCCUUUAGAGUCUUACGACCUACUUCCGCAACUCCCUACCGGUACCCUGUCGACGUUGCCUCGCGUUGCUGUAGCGACGGCUAUUAGCUGGAAUCCGGGUUUGUUGCAGAAACUGGCUUUCGAGCGGGAGCGCCUGGUGGUAAUACUCGAGGAGGGGAAUGGGGAAGCGGGGUCGAGGACAGUGGUUUACUUUGGCAGUGACCAGUGGGAACGCACACUUCUCCUCCUACCACCGCCUGCUUACCGACCCUGUAGAUUCUUCAGUUUCGCUACUCUGUUAAGGGCUGUUACCUUCGUGUACGAGUUCUGGCACACAGAGCCGAGUCAUGACCAUUGCGACGGUACUGUUUUUGGUAACCGGUGGUUGCGGGACAAUUUGGUACGGGAGUACGAGAGGGGAGCGGACCACUGGGAAGGCAUUGAGCGGGGUUGGAGCUGGUUGGGGAACGUGUAG